AUGGGGACAGUGACACAGGUGACACAGGUGACAGGUGACAAUCACAUCGUGGGUGGCCACGCCUGUGUCCCGCACUCGCAGCCCUGGCAGGUGACACAGGUGACACAGGUGACACUGACAGUGUCACAGGUGACACAGGUGACAGGUGACAAUCGCAUCGUGGGUGGCCACGCCUGUGUCCCGCACUCGCAGCCCUGGCAGGUGACACAGGUGACACUGACAGUGACACAGGUGACAGGUGUCACAGGUGACAAUCGCAUCGUGGGUGGCCACGCCUGUGUCCCCCAUUCCCAGCCCUGGCAGGUGACACAGGUGACAGGUGACAAUCGCAUCGUGGGCGGCCACGCCUGUGUCCCCCAUUCCCAGCCCUGGCAGGUGGCCGUGCUGGACAUGUACAAGCUCUACUGCGGGGGAGUCCUGGUGGCACCGAGAUGGGUGGUGACGGCGGCGCAUUGUACCACACCUGGGGUGACCACGGUGUCCCUGGGCAAGCACCGCCUGUACGCGCGCGAGGCGGGCGAGCAGCGCCGCAUGGUGGCGCGCAUGGUGGCCCACCCGGGCUACGACCCGUCCACCAAGGACAACGACAUCAUGCUCCUCAAGCUGCUCUCCCCGGCCGCCAUCUCCGAGCGCGUCCGGCCCAUCCCGGUGGCCUCGUGCCUGCCCCGGCCCGGGACCACCUGCGUCACCUCGGGAUGGGGGGCCACCACCUCGCCUGAAGUGACGUACCCGGAAGUUCUGCAGUGUGUCAAUGUCACGCUGUUCUCUCCGGCCGACUGUCGCCGUUUCUACCCCGGCUCCAUCACCGACAACAUGAUCUGUGCCGGACACGUGCAGGGCGGGCAGGACUCGUGCCAGGGUGACUCCGGCGGGCCCCUGGUGUGCGAGGGCACCUUGCAGGGCAUCGUCUCGUGGGGCAUGGAGCGCUGCGGGCAACCACGGCGCCCGGGGGUCUACACCAAGGUGUGCCGCUACGCCCGCUGGAUCCAGGACACCAUGGAGGACACCUGAGGGCAUCUCCGGGCUUCCUGG